UAACUUUACCGGAGCCAGCUUGCUCAAACUUUUAUUUGCUAUAUCUAUAAAAGCACGUGAUUACGCGUCUACCCUAGAGAAAUCGAAGGCUGAGGCUGAGGAAACUCCGUGGGAAAGGUCCGCUUCGCGUGUUUGGAUCGCUAACCUUUCUCUUAUCCUUGCCUGGGCCUCUGUGAAAUAUCUAUCGACGAAUUUCUCAUCUCUCAAUCUUCUCGAUUUGUUCCUACUGGGUUUUCGUUUGCGUAUCAUGGCACCAGCACCGUAUGGACGCUAUGGAAGGCCCGAUUCCUUUUGCAGUGAAUUUGGUGUUGAUGUUUUGAGAAACAAAGAAUAUUACCAGGAGCGACAUCAUGUAGCGGAUUGGCAGGGAAGCGACGGGAUGGAUCUGCAAAAGGAUGGAGGGUAUGGAGAUUACAUUAAAGGGAAAAAUUUUCCUAUUUUUGGGAAUUUUAAUAUGAAUGGAAUUAAUGGAAAGAUGCAGGCGGUUGGCUGGAUUUCCAAAAGGUUCAUGGACCGUGAGCCUGGUGAGUUGUCCAGCGAAGACAGUUCUGGAAUUGAAGAUGGAGUUAAGGGAUUAGAGGACAAUGAUGAGGCUUCCUCAUGUAAGAAGAGGAAGUUCUCAUCGAUAGAGUGGGGCAGGGAUGCCAAGAAAAGCAGAGUUUUUAAACAAAAGACCAGAAACGAGGAGGCUUUCCAAUCACAUUCUUCACUUCCACAAAAGUUUUUUGAACCCAUAUGUGCUAAGAAAAUUACAAAAUCUGAGGAAUUGUUGGCCUUAUCGGAUCAGAAGGCUUCUAUUGAUUUUGUUCACGGCUCGCAAUUGGAGAAUGGUGAUUUUUCUGUACAGAUGGAAGAAGAUUUUGUGCCGGCAAGUUCCAUCUCUUUGUCAAGAUGGGCGCAUGUGAAUGAUUCCUUUGAUGAUGAUGAAGAUGCUACUCCUGAUGUGGAUUUGUUGCCCAACGGGAGAAAAAACAUUCUUUUGGCUUUUGAACGAGAUCCGAGACUGGUGCCUGGUGAAGUUACUUUCAGAGAAGGUACCAAAGGGUCUACAGCUGGUGAACUAUGUGGAGAGUCUUAUUUGAAUCCUGUGGAGGAUAUUGAUGGCCUGGAUGCAUCUGGAGAGGACUCAAAUGGAUUGGAAAGUGAUGGUUCAUUAGAAGGUUGCAGGGCUAGGACAUCGGAUUCUGUGGAACCUCCCUAUAGAAGUAUAAACAUGUUCCAAGGUUGUAGGACUGUAGAUGAAUUUGAGAAGCUUAACAAGAUUAAUGAAGGAACUUAUGGAAUUGUGUACAGAGCAAAGGACAAGAAAACUGGAGAAAUUGUAGCUUUGAAGAAGGUAAAGAUGGAGAAGGAGCGGGAGGGUUUCCCUUUGACAUCCUUAAGGGAAAUUAACAUUUUGUUAUCUCUUCACCACCCAUCUAUUGUGGAAGUUAAGGAAGUUGUUGUGGGCAGGGAUCUUGAUUGUGUUUUUACAGUGAUGGAGUACAUGGAGCAUGAUCUCAAGGGGUUGAUAGAGACUAUGAAAAAGCCCUUCCAUCUGAGUGAAGUUAAAUGCUUGAUGCUGCAGCUCUUUGCUGGUGUCAAGCAUCUUCAUGAUAAUUGGGUACUGCAUAGGGAUUUGAAGACAUCGAAUCUUCUCUUCAACAAUCGCGGUGAGCUAAAGAUAUGCGAUUUUGGUUUAUCUCGUCAAUAUGGGAGUCCAUUGAAGCCAUAUACUCAGUUGGUUGUGACUUUGUGGUACAGGGCUCCUGAAUUGCUAUUAGGAGCAAAGAAAUAUUCAACUGCUAUAGACAUGUGGUCGUUGGGUUGCAUAAUGGCUGAGCUCUUGACCAGGGAACCAUUAUUUCCCGGGAAGAGUGAACUUGAUCAACUUGACAAGAUAUUUAAAACUCUUGGAACUCCUGAUGAGAAAAUUUGGCCUGGAUUCGGCAGAUUGCCUGGUGCCAAAGUUAAUUUUGUCAAGAAACCUUUUAAGCUGCAGGAGAAGUUUCCACGAAGUUCUGCUGCAUCAUUUUUGGGCCGCCCAUCUCUUUCUACUGCUGGAUUUAACUUGCUGACUCAGCUUCUAACCUAUGAUCCUGAGAAGAGGAUAACAGUCGAUGAUGCCCUUAAUCAUCCCUGGUUUCGUGAAUCUCCCCUUCCUACGACAAAGGAUUUUAUGCCAACAUUUCCUCCUCAACAUAGGCAAGACAGGCAUCGGCAAAGAAUUAUGAAGAGCCCAAUUCCACUGGAAGAGCUAAUGCAGAAAGAUUCACAAUAGUUGGGUACCUGUGACUUUUUAGAUAAGUGAAUAGAAGGGUAAUCGGUGACAUAAUCUAAAUUUCAGUCAUCACUGAUUUACUUUAGGUGAGAGAUUUGGUACGUAUAUGAAAUGGGCUCCUUGUGUUUAUGUGAGCAGACAUUUGAUGCUGUUCUUUAGCAGGAACCCCAGAUGAAUUUGGGGCGAUAAUAUUCUAUUCCUUUCCUCAAUGGAAACUUCUGUUGCAGGACUAUCUGGUCUGCAAUGCCGGUGAUGCUUUGAAAGUUUUUUUUGUGCAGCCUGGACUGCAAGGUGUAGUUUCUGACAUUUUUUGUCUUCAUUUUUAUAUGAUCAUACCCAAUGGAAAAAUUCUGUACAUAUUUUGACUAAUAAUUUGUAAAUGUUCUCAAAAGCUGGUUUAUUUGUUGGAAAAUAGUUGAAUGUGAAUGAGCAUGUUUUGAGUUAUAAUAUUUGAUGCUUUCUUUGCAAGAGGCAAAUGGUGUUAAGAGAUGAGAACGGUUCUUUUCUACCCAGAACUGAAGAAAACAUAUGGGCUCCUUGUGUUUUAUCAAGGAAAGGUAAUUAUUAAUUAUUGCUCGUUAUUUAUAAUAAUUUUUAGGCAUGGCUAAAAGUCUCAUAGUUUCGAAGGAAAUUUAUUGUUAAUGAGAUUACUCGGAAUUUCAAAUUAAGUUCUUCCAUGAGUACUAAAGAUGUGAAACACUAUUUCAAUUCUGGGAAGGCAAUUUAUUUUUGCAGAUGGAAUUUGUAUUCAUGUUUCUCAACUGAUGGGUGUCUUAUGGUGUAAUGUCUAGAGUCUGAGGUAUCUUGUUUGUUUUUUUUCUGUUUUGUUAGGUACGUUUUCAUUUGAUUAAUUCCAUUUUCAAACUUCACUAGCAAAUCCUUUCUGCUGAUGGGGAUAAUUAACGGAAAUUUUGUACCUGUAAUGCUUUUAUAUUUUGGACCAAUUUUCACUUUCUAAUGAUUUAGAUGGAAAUCAAAUGCUGGAAUUCUUGUGCAGUGCUAGCAUUUCACCAGUUUCCAUGAUAUUAAACAAAAUCGCUCAAAAUAAUAACAGAAGCACUAAUUGAAUGUUCAACAUUGAGAUGCCGUACUAAGAUAUUUAUAUGCAUAGUAUGCCUAUAGUCAUGGGAGUGGUGUAAGGAGAUGAAGUCUCAAAGAUGAGGAAAAUGUUUGCUUGUCAAUAUGCAUAUGCAUUUGCGUGCAUUUCCUUGAAGUCAACAUAAGAAAUAAUCCAGAAAUAACUUUUAUGAUAUAUUUGUAAAGGUUAAGGAAAAAUAUUCUACAUAGACAUUCUAACUUUUGUAUGAUUAAAAUUGGGCACCUUACAAUCUGCAUUAUCGACUCAUCCUUUUUAUUGCCAAGUAUGACCGUGACUCUGAGCAGGUUGCCUUAAAAAGUUCGUAAUGAUGUGACAUGGAUCACAUACUGUAGUUCUUUAUGUCCACGAAGAUACCAUCUGCAUUCAGAAAGACGUAAGACCUUCAAAAUGAGCUGGUUUAUUCAUCAUAAAAAAGUUUCAACCGAAUUAUAUGAACUUACAGAUGUGCAUAGACAUAUGGGAAGUAAGAAAAUAUGAAUGCCUAAUUCAUCAUCCUUAUUUGUCCUGGAUUUCAUAUGCAGUCCCACUUAUUAUUUGUCUGUGGAGUUUUUUAAAAACACAUAACCCUAUUCUCUCCCAUGAUUUGGAGCAACUUUGCAAUGAUCAUGAACUAUGUAAGAAGCAUGGUCUAUCUGUUCUAAAAAAUUCUUUUUUUUACCCUUUCAAACAGUGAUGCUGGAAUUGUGUUGUGCUAUUACAUCUUCGUGACGUGAAUAAUAUAUGUAUUAUUACUAUUAUAAUAUUCUCUUCUUGAACUUUUAUUUUGGUGUACAACUUGAAAUCUGCAACUAUUUUUGUGUUAGAUCUUAACUUUUCCUAGCAGGACUUCAAAUAGGUUAAAAAGGAUUCAAUUAUUUCCUCAAAUCCUUUCUACCCUCUGGCUUUUAGGAGGUAAGAAUAAUUGUUGUGCAUGCCGUGGGCCAUACUCUCACUCUCUCUCUCUCCCCAUGUUGCCCUUAUUCUAGAUUGAUCUGUCCCCAUGUAUCUCUUUUUUUAUUGCAUACUAAUGAAGUUUGACCAAUUCCUUAUUUCUGUUUAAUAAUGUAUAUGCCCUUGCAAAUGGAACUUGGAUUACUGCUGAUGUUGUCUGCAGAGGAACUUGGUUUUUCUACAGUGGGUGGGUGAGAGAGUAGAUAGUUGCAGCCUUGCCAUUUGGACUCCACAUACCAUGGCAAUGGACGAAGAUGCCAACAUUGCAUGUGGAUUGCUCCAAAUAUGCUUUUAUGGCUAGUUUGCUUCAUUAUUAAUGUUCACUUUUUAACUUGUCAUACGGCAUUUGCACCUCACAAAUUCUUGUCUUCUCACCUGCUGAAUGGAUAGCAGGUGGCAGUUGUUUAGUUUCACAAGCUACUUGUGGGUGAAACUUUUCUCAGGAAUUCUGUUAUGAUGCUAAAAUCAUAUUUCUUAUUAAUACAUUAUUCCAUUUUGUCAUAUUAAAGAAGCUUUGCUUUUGACAGUGUUAACAUUACAAAUUGCAAGUGGAACUAUCCUCUUCGCUAAGGAUUUAUAUUGAUUAUUGUGGUUCAUGGAGAAAAAGUUGUAUUGCGAUGAGUGAGAUUUAUUAUUGAUUAAUCAACCUAUUAUAUAUCAAACUCAUUUCAAAAGAAUAUCAACAGUAAAACCCAUCCUGAAGUU